AUGACUUUUGUUCUCUCCUCUCUUCAGAAGAACGUGGUUUCUAUGGGAUCAAACAUGAUAAAAGCUUUGAACACCCAAAAAGAAGAGAGAAAGGAAUUUACUGAGGUUGUCAAAGUUCUUACUGAAUUGGACAAUACUCUAAAGAAAAACACGUAUGAGACUCACGUCUCAAAUUUAAACUUAUCCAAUUUUGAAAAGAAGCUCUACAGUCGUCAAUCUGAAAUGAUGGACCUUGAAAGGCACAUCAAUGAUGAUCGUCAUAGAGAGACUAAGGAUGAACUCAACUUGAUGAAGAACCAGAUGGUUGAAAUCCAAGGAUGGUUAAGAAGAACAGAUGGUGAACAACUGGAAUUUGCUGACUCUAUUGCAAGAAAGUUUCAAGCAAAAGAGAAUGCAAAAGUCGAUGCUGAAAGAGAUCAACCUCGAAUCACCCAAGGUGAGUCAAGCAGAAGAAGUGACGGUGUGUCAACCGGCACUAGAUCUAGACGAGCGUCAAGCAACGAUGAUAAUCCUAGGCCAACUAAAAGAGGCGGAGGUCGAAGCGGUGGUGAUCGUGGAAGCCGAAGCAGUGGUGGUGGUCGUGGUAGGCAAUCUGGCUUUGAUCAAAGAGGUCGUGCCAGUGGCGGUGAUCGUGGUGGUAGACCAAGUGGAAGCGGUCGGGGUGGUCGCAGUCUUCCUCCUUUUCUGAAUUAG